UUGUGUUUCCCCCUUCUAGAACUAUUACCUCGCAGUACAAGAAAAAUGGCCCUUUGAAACAGUGAUCAAGGAAGUUCUGUAUUUAAUUAUCCAGAAUAUUUAUUAAUUACUCUUCUGUGUUUUGAGUGCGGAGACAAUGUACGAUGUCUUGAGCUGAGCCUUUCCUGUGUAUUACUGUGAACAGCAUUCAUUUAAAAGCAAAAUCGUUUAGAAUUGUGUCUUGAAAUCAUCUUUUAACUAUUGUACAACUACUGAACUGCUUCCACAAUACCUUGUGACUUCCAGGCUUUUAGUAGGUACUAGAGAAAGGAAGUUCAGUGGCAUCUGUCCAUUCUAAGCCUCUCUGUUAUGGAUCCAGACCAGCAAGAAGCUCUAAAUGACAUUCAGAAUUCUGUCUAUAGAACAGCCCUGAAACUACACUCAGUGCAAACCCUGUGCCAGUUGGGUUUGACUGAUGUCUCCCUGAUUCAGCACAUCCUGCUGAGCCACCAGUGUCAGAGGGAGAAGCAGAGCUCCCUGACAACACAGCAGCUAUCGCAGUUGCUGAAGGAGCUAUUCCAGAAUACCAGAUCAGAUCAACCAGGCCAAGUAGAUCCACAAGCCCCUGAGCUCACCCAGAACCUGCUAACUGCCAUGUAUGACAGGACUGGAACAGGUUUUAUCAAAGCCAGAUCGGCUGCAGCUGCCUUAAUUGCUCUCUCAGGAGACAGUCUGCUUACUAAAUACAAAGCUUUGUUUCAACUCUAUGCUGACCCCAAUGGGAGGGGGACCCUGAUCACUCGGAGCGCCAUGAGGAGCCUACUGACAGACUUACAUCAGAUCCCAGUCGUUGUGGGGGAAAGCUGUGAUCUGUCUUGUGUGGAAAUUGCUAUUCGAAGCUGCUUCCAUGGGGUUCUGAACUCAGCAAUCAGUGAAGAGAAAUUCCUAUCUUGGCUACGAUCUGAACCUGGCCUUCUCCUGUGGCUUCCUACCUGUUACAGAUUAUCAGCCACUGAAAUGGUUAUGCAUCACGUUAGAUGUAGCAUCUGUAAGAAUUUCCCCAUCACUGGACUAAGGUAUCGCUGUCUGAAGUGCCUGAAUUUUGAUCUUUGCCAAGUCUGCUUCUUCACUGAGUGUCAGAGGAAACCACACAAGAGGUCACACCCUGUGAUGGAGUACUGUGUGAAGCAGAUGUCAGCAAAGGAGAAUGCAAAGAUCUUUUUUCGCACAAUCAGAAACAACCUGCUUCAAGAGCGCUGCAGAAGAAAGGAGGCUCGGAGAAGGCAGACACUGGAAAUGAUGGAGGGAGGGGACUUCCCAGAACAUGAGCAAGCAGCGCCCUCUACAGAGCUCAGCACCUCCACACAGCCUGCCCAUCAUUACCUAUCCUCCCCAGCAUACAAACUGGCCCCAAUGUUAUCCAAGCACUUGGCUGAAAAGGGGUCUGCAGUGCAGCAGAUUGAGAAUGACAACAGGGCACCAGCACAAGACAAGACAUCUGCUCAGGCAAUAGCCUCUGUUAAGGCAGAAUUGUUAAAAGUUCAUGAAUCCAUCAAAGCCCUUCACAGUGAAAAGAGGUACCUGAGAAAGCAGUUAAACAAAUGGAAAGACGAAGUGCUGCUCCUCCACAAGUCCCAGGAAGACAAAAGCUGCAGACUAGAAGCAAAGCUUCAAGUCCUGAUAGCAAACCAUGAAUGUGUGCAGGCGGAGCUGCAGCAAAUGAGGCAGGAAAUAAAGGUAAUGUUACAACCACCAAACCAUCCUUCAUUUGUAUUGUGUCAAAAUAUGAUGUCAAAAAGCGAAGACCCCUGGGAGGAAAGAAAGCUUCACAAUGAAUCAGAUUCAGCUCUGGCAAAACCCGUCCCCACUAGCUAUACUGAGUGGAAAUCCCUGGAUCCCUCCUCAGCUGCAGAAAAACAGCAGCUACUGCAGACUCAAUCUGAUCCAGUUGCAAUGAACCUGAGAUCAUCAGGUACCACUUCAGGGUCGAUAUUCCUGCAGAAUGGCAAUCCCCUAAUGAGACAGCAUGAAAAAUCAAAAGAGAAGGGAAUUCCUCAGACAGAUCUGGAGGGGAUAUCACAACCUGAAAUGUCCAGGAACCUUCCCCAGCAAAUUAUGACCACAGCUUCUAGUCCCAUGGCAGGAGAAGUGCCAUUUAAUGAGAAGGAGGUGAAUGAAGAGAAGGAACUGCAGCAGCUAGUGCUGAAGCUGAAGGAUGCUUUAUCUCUCCAACUGCAACCAGCUCAGCAGUCUGCUAUGAAGCAGGAAUUGGUCUCCACAGCUGAGCAUGUUUGCAGGUCCUUCUCUGACCUCAUCAACCACGUGACUUUGCCAGCUAGGAAGUAAUAGGAUGCCAGUACUAGCCUUACUACUUCAUCACACUAUUGCCCAGGUAAUUACAGCCAUGUGUCAUCUCUAAAGUUGGUCAGAUAUUGAACUGUAAUAAUCUAACAUAAUCGAGUUCUGUCUCUGGGGUCUUUAUCAGAGUCUUCUGUAGUGUUAGAGGAGAAAUUCUCCGUUAUAUUCGUACCAUGUAUUCCUAGACUAUUCCUAACGUGAAGAAAAUAUAGGGCCAGAUCUUGGCCAAUGCAUAUCAAUAUAGUUCUGUUGACUUCAGUGAGUCUAUGCUAACAUACACAGCUAAUGAUCUGGCCCAUACUAUCUUCCCAUUACUAUAGUGCCUGAUAAUUGCUUGUGUUUCAGGAAACAAGAGGAUUUUUUCCCCACACGCACACAUGGAGAUGGCUUUAGCUAACCAGUCUCAUUGAUAAGUUGUCUGACAUUGUAUCAUAGUUCAAGAAGCACUGAAUAGAAGCAGUAAAUCUUUAGUUGUCUUCUCCAAGUUGUCCAUUGUCUCCAAUAUCUGACAGUCAGGCAUUUGCAUUUUACUAAAUUAGCAACUAAAUUGGUGAGAAGGAAAAGCUGAGAACAAUUAGAGGCAUUCUAUUGCUUUAGAAGCCCCAUAUAUAUGGAACUGUUAAAGAGCUUAAUAUUACUUGAAGGACUUACAAUAUCAGAAAAGAAACUACCCUGUGCUAGCAACUUCUUUU